GACUUCAGCCUAUCCUCUGCUAACGGUGAAGGCUACGGUCCUGGCACGGCGUCCAGCUUCAGGAGGGGGAGUUUUUUACACAGCUCAAAAAGGUUGGAAAGCCUUCCCCGCUGAAGCCAUCCAGGCGCUCACCGUGGAUUAAAACGGGAAACUUUUCACGAUGGCCCUGAGCGUGGAAAAGUAGCGCGAGACGCAGCCGCCGCCGCCGCAGAACACGGAGCCUCUGUCACCGCAAGCAACAACUCCUGGUUAGAUGCACGACCACUGCUGAGGAGAGAGGAGAAAAAAAAUAUGCUCCAGCCGAGCCUCCGCAGCAGCAACAACCCCGGCUUCAAGCGCAGGUUCCCCGCGUUUUAACCGCUUUCCUGAACACAGCCGUCGACCCUCCUCCUGGUUCGUUUCAAGCGCCUCUUUGAGCCUACAAAGUCCGCCGUCAGAGUCUCCCCUGCCGAGCCUCCUGCACCCGGAGAACCAUGAUGGCAAGAAGGACAGCAGAGCUGGGCGCAAAAAUACUGCUGGUGACAGCCAACGUUGGAUCCCUGUUCGAAGAUACUGAAAAUCUGCAGAAAGUAUGGCUGAAAGAAUUUUUCGAGACAGUAAAAGCGCAGAAGCCCACCUUCUUGGCACUGCACUGUCAGGAGUGCGGUGGGAAGAGUUUGGAGUCAGGCGUGACGGAGGUGAAACGUUUCGUCAAAGAGCUGAUGGCCGCUCAGGAGCUGAAGGACUACAGCAGAGCCCGCGUCUACAUCGAUGAGAGCUACGAAUCCCCAGAGCGCUUCACGGCUCUUGGAUGUUUCUACUUUAUCCACGAUUCUCUGAAAAACGUCUUGGAGUAUAAUUUCGAAGACGCCAGGUUUCAUAAAGUGACCGGGAAGGAAAUCCGUUCAAUAAAGCAGUGCAAGUCACCCAUGGCGCAGAAGGAGAAGUUCCCAGCAAACUUCUUUGAACAGUGCCAGUGGUCCAGAAAGGGAUUCAUCAGAACUCGAUGGAGUCUUUCCAGCUGUAACUUCGAUCUGGUCAACGUUCACCUCUUCCACGACGCUCACAACGUUGUGGCCUGGAAGGAAAGUCCUUCCUACUACGCCGGGAUCAGGCGGAAGGCCAUGGACUUUGUUCUACACAGGAUCUCAGACGAGCAGCACGAGAAGCUGCCAUUUUUCCUCUUCGGGGACUUUAACUUCAGGUUGGACACCAGGGAAUUAUUCGAGCAUCAUCUCUGUUAUAACACCAAACUGGAGACCAUCACAAACUCCAACAAUGAAGUGGACAAGAUAAGAUACAGAGAGAUUGGUAACGACCAAAAGGUUAUUCUUGAAGUUGAAAAGAAGAGUUUCAAUUUCGCCGACCCAAAUAUUUUCCAGGCAAACAACGGGACCUCGCUUCUAGAGUAUGACAAAGAGCUGGGGGCGUUCAGGGAUCAGGUGGAUGAGAUGGAGAUCACUUUCCCACCCACUUAUCCGUACAGUGAGGACGUCCAUCACGCCAAGCAGUACAACACCACCAGAUGCCCCGCCUGGUGUGACCGGAUCCUCCUGUCAAUUUCUGCUAAACACCUGAUGGCUAUGCCAAAAGAUAAGAGAGAGGAAGAAGAGCAGGAAAAUGACGAGAAUUCAAUAGUGUAUGAUAACAUUGGGCCAAAUGUCUGCAUGGGGGACCACAAGCCCGUCUUCCUGUCCUUCCGAUUACCAGCGGGGAAAGGUAAUCCUUAUGCAUGUACCUGCAGAUGUUGUGUGGUGCAGUGAUUUCGUGGGAAUUCUUGCCAAAGGGAGGUAGAACAUAUUCCAUGAAGAGUCUAUGUGAAAACACCUGAAAAACACACGCACACACACAGUUUGCACAAGCACACACUGAAGAUCCCAGACAAGCUUCUUUUAUUUUCAGCGGCGCUGAGUUUUCCGGACGGCUCAUCCGUGCCGUUUUCUCUCCAUAAAACACUUGUCGAGAUGCGGACGAGCACCCGAGGAGGGCCCCGGCUCCGUGCGACAGACGCACAUUGCUGACCUCACCGUUGCCAUGCAACCCCAUUCCCCAGAAGAAGAAAAA